CUCAGCUACCAAACAUAAUAUUGCCAAAAGUAUUGGGACACCCCCUCCAAAUCAUUGGAUUCAGGUGUUCCAAUCACCUCCGUGGCCACAGGUGUAUGAAAUCAAUGAAGCAUGCAGACCGUUCCUAUAAACAUUUGUGAAAGAAUGGGUUGCCCUCAGGAGCUCAGUGAACUCAAGCGUCGUACCGUGAUGGGUUGCCACCUGUGCAAUAAGUCCAUCCAUGAAAUUUCUUUGCUACUAAAUAUUCCACAGUCAACUGUUAGUGGUAUUAUAACAAAGUGGAAGCAACAGCAACUCAAUCACGAAGUGGCAGACCACAUAAAAUGACAGAGCAGGGUCAGCGCAUGCUGAAGCACACAGUGCGCAGAAGUCGCCAACUGUCUGCAGAGUCAAUAGCUAAAUACCUCCAAACUUCGUGUGGCCUUAAGAUUAGCACAACAGUGCGUAGAGAGCUUCAUAGAAUGGGUUUCCAUGGCCGAGCAGCUCCAUCCAAGCCUUACAUCAAGUGCAAUGCACAGUGUCAGAUGCAGUGGUGUAAAGCAUGCCGCCACUGGACUCUA